GCGAGAGAGUUAGAGAGUCUGUUUAGUGAGGAAAGAGAGAUUAUCCAGGCGUGGAGAUCAAAUUUUUUGGAGAGGGUAAAGGCUAGAAGCGUAUCACACGAAGAAACUAGUAAGCGAUCUGCAGAGAGCAAGACAACGGAAGACAAAGUAACGCAGGGAAGUAUCGACAGGACAUGAGCGGGACAGCAGUGCACACGACGGAUCGGUACUCAUUGCAUGUGGUAGGGAGAUUGGACGGACCAUUGGUGUUAAUGAUCGUAGAGCUCCAACUCCAUACCAGACUGUGCAUAGUUGAGGAGGCAGAGUGUGUCCACCGUGCCCUGCGCGAGGCAAGGGGGACAGGACUUUGGAUUGGAAUAGAAGGAGGACGGAGGAUUAAAUAUGUGCUCCAAGUGACACCUUUCGAAGGGCAGUCUAGGAUAAGGGCAUGGUACGAGACGACAAAAGAGCCGCAGAGGUUGAAGAUAACCGAAGCUAGGAAAGCUGGAGAGUUAGGGAGAGUAGUAAUAGAUGGAGCAAUACUCAGGGUGUUAGCCGCUCACAACCGAUACUGGAAGGAAACGAUGAAGACUUUAGAGGCGAUAGACGAAGGAGGAGAUAGUGAGGACUUUGAGACAUUUUAUGACAUAUUGGAGCGGUCGGCGAUGAGGGGCUAUGGUAUCACUGAAUAUCUGGAGAAGUGGGAGCUUCACGCCGGCCGGAGUCAGUGGUCAGAGAAAGAGAUUAUAGAGAACUUCCUAUUUAAUGUGGACCCAAGUCUUUGUAGGGAAGUUAAGGAAGUUCGACCGAAGGAUGAAAAAUGGACUACGUACAAGAAGAACCUCGUUGAGCUUAACAAAUUGGAGGAUAACAAGUAUUCCAUCAAGGACCUUGAAACAAUGACUCAAGAUGAAGAUGAGAGCGUAUGGGCAUUUGGGAUGCGUUUCCAAAAGAUCUCCGACGUGCUGAUGAAGAAGGGAAAGAUCUCAGAGCUCGAGCGCUGUACUAUCUUCAUCGGACACUUGUCCAAAGGUAGGCAAAAGAGUAUACUUAGAGAUCUUCCACGCGACAGGCUUCAUUUCCCAGAAGUUCUAAAGCUCGCGAUAAAGGCAGAGGCAGACGAUUACAAGGACUUGGUGUGGAGAGCGAUGAGGAGACGUGACUUCUCUCCCUACAAGGAGUAUGCCACUGAUAGAUGUCUUGAUUUCAAGGAUUAUCCCUGGUCGGAGAAGAAUGAGGCCGUGGCUGAGGAAGUGAAGGAGAUAAGGGACAUGGUGAAGGGAUUAACGAGACAAGUUACAGAGAUUGUGACUGCCACAGGGGUCACGGCCUACCGGGACAAACCUGGAGGGCCCUAUUCACUUCGCUGGGAUCGUUGUUCGGACCGUAGGAACAACGAUCCCUGGAGGAGUAUCGAGGAUAGAAAUCGUCGGACGCUGAUUGAUUAUCGAACGAGGGGAAGAGAGAGAGACGAUGAGCCAUGGCGACGUAGGGACGAUGAGAUAGACCGAGACCGCAGAGAUCGCGAGCCGUUUGUGCGAGCAAGGAGGCUGGAUGAUUACCCGCGAAGUCCUCGCUAUGAGGCCGAUCGGGGUAGAGGCGAUUCCCGCGGCCGAUGGGAGACAGAACAGAGCCGACGAGAUGGAUAUAGGGACGACAGAUAUGAGAGAUCGGACCGAGAUGGAUAUAGGGACGACAGAUACGAGAGGCCGGGUCGAGAUGGCUACAGAGGAAGUAGAUAUGAGAGAGGAGAUCGGGACUGGGAACGACAAGAUGGGUCGCGCGGACGGUUUGAGCGCGGGGGCGAUGCGAGAGAGCAGCGCGACGAGUCGCGGGGGUGGUACAACCGAGGGGACCGACGCGAUGAGUCACGAGGACGAUAUAACUCCGGGGACCGCUGGGAUGAUUCGCGAGGGCGGUAUGAGCAAGGAGGGUUUGGAGGAGACCGGCGCAACGAUCCGCGCGGUCGGAAUGAGAGAGGGGGAUAUGGUGUCUUAUCAGAACCAUAUCCCAAGUUUCCUGACCCCAAGGCGGCCAGGAGUUCGAUCUCUAGAGGCGCAGACGAUAGGGCAUCCACUCCUAGGAACUCAUGCUACGUCAAGUGGGAAGAUGAUCUUGGAGAUGUAUCGAUGUUCCCUUCGAUGAAGGAGAAUGUCGAAGCAAGGAGAAUAAAGACGAGUAAAGGAAUGGAGCCGGUCAGGAGCCAGAGCAUCAAGAUAACCUUUGAGGGGGACAUGGCGGCCACACCCAUAAGGGUGGCAGCCACCAAGUCGGCGAGAGGGUCUACAUCGAAGAAAACUGACACGGAUUACGUGAUGGCGGAGAAAGACGGGCAGCGGGUCGAUGGAGAGGAGGUUAUCCUUUCGCCGCGGAAGCGGGGAGUGAAGAAGUUCUUAAUGAAGAGUUCGUUGGACGAGAUUGACACAGUCGAGCCACUGAGGCGGGCCCUUCGGCAACCCAUGCAGUGCUCUAUUCUGGAGUACCUGGCGGCAUCGAAGCCGGCUCGUGAUGAGUUACAGAUGAUCACGCGGAAGACUCGCAUACCUCUAUCGGAGGAGGGUCAGGGGGSCCCUAAGGCGGAAGCUUCUACAGUAGCAGUAACGGGGGUGACUGCCAGAGCGGAUCGCAUGGCGAUAGUCCUUCUCGAUGGAAUGGAAGGUGUGCCUCCAGACAAGUUUUAUAUACUUGGUAGCGGGGCCGUGGAGACGAUUAUAAACGAUGGAGCGGUACUCGAUGCUGUGAUUGAUAACGGCAGUGAGGCUGUCAUCAUAGAUGAGGACCUGGCGGUACAAGUUGGACUGGGCCUCGAUAGGUCAUACCUAUUCGAGAAAGAGACGGCUGAUGGGAGAAAGCAACAGAUGACUAGGGUUUGUCACAAGGCAGCCAUAGAGGUCCAAGGGGUACGAGUGACCCUGCCUGUCUUUGCAGUCAAGAACAGCAGCUCCGACCUGCUCUUGGGUCGAACGUGGCUCAGCCACGUGCAUGCGGUGACGAUAGAGCGACCAGAUAGGAACCAAACAUUGUCCAUUAAGAAGCCAGACGGGACGCGAGUAAUAAUUGAGACAGUGGAGCCUCGGGACCCGAGGAACAGAGCAGCUCUCGCUGCGGGUGCAAGACCCAGUGAACAGAUUAAGUCGUUCUCUAUCUCCAGCCGUGCGGUGCGAUUUCGCGAGAAGAAAUAUGGACCACUGCUCACAGAGGAAGAAGGACGGAUGGUGGAGGUCGAAGACUUAGGGAGUCGGCUAAUAGUGGACGGCACCUCGUACCCAAAGGAAAAAGAUGAGGAAUUUGGCGAGCCGUUUGAUAGCGCUUAUGCAAAUCGAUGGUUCUUCCUACGAAAGCCGAAUGGCAAGAUCCGAUGGAUCCAGGACCUUCAGAAGGUCAACGCGGUGACGAUACGAGACGUGGGCUCCGUGCCACACGCCGAUUUACUGGCAGAAGGCGCAGCAGGUAGGUCGAUCUAUUCGGUCUGUGAUCUGUUYUCAGGCUAUGAUGAGGUACCGCUUGACCCUAGGGACAGACACCUCACGGCUAUGCAUACGCCAUUGGGACUGAUUCAAAUGAUGGUUGUCCCUAUGGGAUGGACUAAUGGGGUAGCCGUUUUUCAGAGAGCCAUGAUAGCCGUCCUCAAGGACUUCAUCCCUGAUAAGGUUGAAGUUUUCCUGGAUGACUUUCCUAUAAAAGGGUCAGUAGAGAGGGAUGAGACAGAGGUUAUACCUGGAGUUAGAAGAUUCGUCGAGCAGCACCUAACAGACAUUUGCGCGGUACUCGAGCAGCUGGACGAUUCGAAUUUGACAGUCAGCGGGACCAAGAGCCGAUGGGCCGUCUCGACUAUUAAGAUCUUGGGCUUUAUAUGUGACUUGAGAGGACGCCGAGCAGACCCGGCGAAGUUAGACAAACUCCUGAACUGGCCGUCACCGUUACAUAGCGCAACCGAGGUCCGGCAGUUUCUGGGAAUGGUCGGUUACUGACGCAUAUUCAUACGGGGGUAUGCGGAAAAGGCUGAGCCAUUGAGGUUACUCCUACGAAAGACUGAGAACUUCUAUUGGAAUUCUUCGCAGAAACUUGCUAUGCAAGAACUUAAAGACGAAUUUAAGGAAGGAGGACGCGUGUUGGGUGUGCCAUUCUUUGAUGAUGAGACCGAGAGACCCUUCAUAGUAUCCACGGAUGCUGGACCAUAUUCAGUAGGUGGUUUGCUAUCUCAGAAGGACGCUGGAGGGAGGGAAAGACCGUUAAGAUUUGAGAGUAGGACACUUAAUACGGCUGAGCGUAACUACAAUCAAUUCAAGAAAGAAGU